AAGUUUAAGCGUAAGAGGGAAAAAAAAAAUAAAAUUAAUAAUUAAAAAAAAUCUGAAGUGCAGAAUAUCAACAGAGGCUUGUCUGAAACCCUAGCUCCACUCCCUCAUUCUUCCUCCAAUCUUUCCUUUGCUGUGCAACAUUUUCAUUUUCAAGGUUUUUGGCUAUUUUCCUUGAUUGUGAGUCCCUUCUGUGUAGUGCAGCUAACUCUCUAAACUUCUAUCAUUUAUAAGAGACAUGUUUGUAUGGGUUCUCCUUUUUAUCCACUUUGGCAGUAUUGAUAAAGAGUCACAAAUCUCAACAAAGUUAGGACCUUGAAGAAGUAGAAUAUUUAUUUCUAUAUGACUCCCUGAUACCUGCGAGGAGGUUCAAAGUGCUUAUGCUAUUAUUCCUGAAAGAGAGUGAUAAUUACUGAGGUGACCUUCCUUCUCUGUGUGGCAGCCGCAAAGUGCUACAUCAGAUGUCUGAAAGUGCUAUGGCGGUAGUCAAACCUGAGAUGAAGUCUUACAUUUGGCUUCAAACUGCUGACGGCUCAAUACAACAAGUUGAAGAAGAGGUUGCUACGUUUUGCCCUAUGAUUUGUCGGGAAAUACUACAAACAGGGAUGGGGUCCUCCAAAAAUUAUGCAAUAUCUCUCCCACAGCGAGUGAAUCCUGCUAUAUUAGGUUUAAUUCUUGACUAUUGCAGGUUUCAUCAAGUACCAGGUCGUUCCAACAAGGAGCGUAAAACAUUUGAUGAGAAAUUCAUUCGCAUGGAUACAAAAAAGCUAUGUGAGUUGACGUCUGCUGCUGACAGCCUCCAAUUGAAACCUUUGGUUGAUUUAACUAGUCGAGCACUUGCGCGAAUUAUUGAAGGAAAGACUCCAGAGGAGAUCAGGGAGACAUUUCAUCUACCUGAUGAUCUCACCGAGGAGGAAAAGCUGGAGCCCUUACGAAACAUAACAGAUGAUCCACGUAUUCGGCUCUUAAAUAGAUUAUAUGCACGGAAGAGAAAAGAAUUAAGAGAAAGAGAGAAAUUGAAGAACGUUGAGAUCGAGGAGCGGGUAGAUGAUAGAUCAGUCGAUGAUCUUUUGUCUUUUAUAAAUGGAGGAGAUGGAGAUUCGAAGGCAGUUAAAACAAAUAAAAACAAAAAGAAAAAUCGAAGGAGAAAAGAUCAACAGAAGGAUUCUUCUUCAAGUAACGAAAAUGGGAACCAUGAUAAAAUAGGGGAAUUGGAUGCUCUUCCUUCUUGUUGCCAGAAUAACGAGUUUAACAAGAUUUUGGGGGCAUCUCCAAGUAGAACUGUGAAAUCACAGGAUUCGGCAGCUGCCAUGUAUGCAUCGAAGAUCGAGUUUGAUGAUGCUGAUAUUUAUGAUGAUCUAGAUCCUGCAAUGAAAGAGGAACUUGACAGGGAAGUAGAAGACUUUGCUAGAAGAUUGAAUUCAGAUUGGCCGGAACGAGUGCAAGAAAUUUUAUCGCUAGGCCAAGAAAGAAACCUUGUGACAGUAUUAACUGGCAAUGGUUCAUCACCCAGAUUCACAAAUAUUGUAUUAAGUACAGGAUGGUACUAUCGAAAUGGGUCGCCACAAACAUUUGAGGGGUGGAGCAUUUCAGUUUUAGAUAAUUGCUAAACUAAACCGUGCUAUUGAGAAUUAGAUAAACAUGAAGUUCCAAGUUUUUGAACUAGAGCUAUUGGAGUGAUUGGUGCAUUUAUUUGAUAUGUCUAGAACAGGUGCUGAUAGGAGGUAGUAGUCUUCCUGUCAGAGUUCGGAGGUAGUGCCAGUUAGAAACGACCUCUGCUUUCCGGUACAUGAAUACGGUAGCUCAGUCGAUUUGAAUAAGCCAGAUUGUGGGAGAAGCUACCGUUGGAAACUUGGAAGGAAGCAAGAGUUUGCAAGGAUUUCAGUGUAAAUUGUGAAUGGGAAGAUUUAGAAGCACUAUUUCAUGAGGAAGAUGCAAAUUUUUGUUUUGUGGGAUUAUGUAUGGCAGAGAAGUGAAAGAGAGUCAUAAAAGGAAUGGGAGCGAGGAGAGGAAAAACUGGCGCUAUAUCGCUGAGAGCAUAAUUGGCUCAUCCCUUUUUCUUGAGCCUUUUUUUCCCUUCUUCUUUUGGGUUUCCAUUUUGUUUGUUUGUAACUUGAGCCAGCAUUAUUUUGGCUAAAUGUAUUGUUGUUGAAAUUAAUGUCCGUUGCAUAAAAAUGGUAAUCUUAAUUCUUUCCAUUUGUUUGUAACCCCAAUUUUGUUAUUCAAUAGUGAAGCAGUUUUGGUGAUAAUGCAAAGGAAGAUGGUCAUUUGAUUCUU